AUGACUGAUCAGCCCCUGCGGCAGAUACUUACAAAACCCGAAGUCUCGGGCAGGAUGACCAAGUGGGCCGUUGAGCUGGCUGAGCACGACAUCGGCUAUCGGCCUCGCACCGCUAUCAAGGCUCGGGCCUUGGCAAACUUCCUUGCUGAGGGGGCUAGCUUGUCCCUGACCAGGCCGAGCUCUCUGCCCGCGGACAUACAGUCGGGAAAGCCAUGGGUGCUAUUCGUAGACGAAGCCUCGAGUAAGGAAGGAAGCGGAGCUGGCCUGCUGCUCACCUCGCCCACCGGGGAAGAGCUGACAUACGCGCUCAGAUUCGACUUUCCCGCGUCCAACAAUGAGGCAGAGUACGAGGCCCUAUUGAGAGGAUUGCGGAUAGCCCACCAGAUGGGUAUAACCGCGAUUAGAGUCCGGAGCGACUCUCAGCUCGUAGUCCACCAAGUUCGCGGGGAGUAUGAAACCAAGGAGGAUGUCAUGAAGAAAUACCUGGCCAAGGUGCAAGAGGCAAUAGCCCUGUUUGAUGCUUUUGAAAUCGAGCGGGUGCCGAGAUCACAAAACAAGCGUGCAGACGCCCUGUCGAAACUGGCGUCCUCCUCGUUCGCGAACCUGAACAAGGAAGUCUUGGUAGAGUUGGUCAAACAGAAAAUCAUUGACCAGAUCCAGGUCUUGGCUAUAGAUAGCCCGGCCACCUGGAUGACCCCUCUCAAUAACUUCCUCAACUCGGGUAUCCUCCCCAGGGACGGGACCGAGGCCCGUCGACUCCAGCUCAGAGCUGCUAAGUACGCCUACGCUGAGGGAACCCUCUACAGGAGGUCGUGUCUGUCCCCCUGGCUAAAGUGCGUGACUCUUGAGGAGGGCGACUACGUCCUCCGUGAAGUUCACGAGGACUUAUGCGCAACACAUGUGGGAUCCUGGGUCUUGGCAAAAAAGUGUCUUCUCCUGGGCUACUAUUGGCCCUCAGUGUUCCAAGAUGCCGCGGCACUAGUUCAGAGAUGCCGAGCUUGCCAGGAGCACGCCCCGCUGCGCCACCAACCAGCUCGGAAAAUGGUUCCUAUUCAUAGCCCUUGGCCCUUUGCUCAGUGGGGGGUAGACCUCCUGGGGCCUUUCCCUCGAGCUCCGGAGAGAUACGAGCACCUCGUGGUGGCCAUCAACUACUUUACAAAGUGGAUGGAAGCGGAGCCCCUGGCCACUAUCUCUGGAAAGGCAGUUCAGAAAUUCUUCUGGAAGAACAUAGUCUGCCGCUUCGGGAUUCCGCAUGUCUUAAUAUCCGACAAUGAGCGCCAGUUCGCCGAGAAUCCCUUCAAGAGCUGGUGCGCCGAGCUCGGGAUCAACCAACACUUAACAUUGGUCGGCCACCCCCAGACCAACGGCCAGGUGGAAAACGCUAACCGAAUCAUUCUGCAAGGACUAAAAACUAGGUUGGAACUAGCCCAGUCUAACUGGUUAGAUGAACUCCCUAGUGUCCUCUGGGCUUACCGCACUACGUCCAGGACGGCCACCCACGAGACCCCGUUCUCCCUGACUUAUGGGGUAGAGGCGGUGAUACAUGCGGAGAUCGGUCUCCCCUCGCCUCGGACACAGAACUUCGUUGCGUCAUCCAACGAGGAAGAGCUGAGGUGUAGCUUGGAUAUGCUAGAGGCCAAGAGUGAGGAAGCGGAGAUACGGAUGGCAAAGUAUAAAAGCCAGCUCGCCUGCUAUCAUAACGCCAAAGUGAGGAACAUACAGUACUAG